AUGCCCGAAGACCCAGACGAAGGUGCGAGCACUCGCUUUCCCGCUGGCCAGAAGCUCAUCAACACCUUCGAGCUUCUCGAAAAGACUCUUCUCGAAAAGACUCUCCUCGACCUCGACAUGCCAACGCUCCUUCGCUGCCAACGCGUCUGCAAACGCACAAAGGCAGUUAUCGACGACUCCACCUACCUUCAAGAAGCUCUGUUCUUUCGACAGGCACCGGCGUCCCGUGCGACGACGUACGGCGGAGGCGGAAUCAACCCCCUACUCAUCUUCCGCCAACAGCGAGAGUUGCUUCUCGAAAGUAGCGGUGCCGACCCAGAAAAGUCUUUCCAAUUCGAUAUUUCCGUCGAUGAGAAGCCAGUACGGGACACGUUUAGAAUGGGUAGCUGGCGACGCAUGGCCUUUGUGCAUGGCCUGCCGAGCUCCAAGAACGAGAUCUGCAAAGCGCUCAAGUUGUAUACGGGCCCAGAGAUCCGGAAGGAGGAUUACGAUGUCGAGUCGCCGCAGGGCAGGGACGAGUAUGUACGGGCAUUGGAGCGGCGCCCGUAUCUGGUACGACUGCAUCUUAGGUCUGGUAGCUUCUACUGGGAGAGGACGAGCGGAGGUAUAGUCGUGCGACAAGAACAUGGUUGA